AUGACGAGCGGCGGCACAUUGCGGUCGACGGCCGCGGUGCGGGCGCGACUCCAAUCGGACGCGGUUCGUUGGUUCAAGAUGGCGCGUAGGCAGCUGGCUUCCGUGCUCCAGCGGGCCGGCUCGGCCGCGUCCGCGGCGCUGAAGCCUCAGAUCGGCGUCGUCGGGCACGCCCGCGGGUUCGCCGACGACGCGAACCUGAAGAAGACCGAGCUCUACGACUUCCACGUCCAGAACGGAGCCAAGAUGGUCCCCUUCGCCGGCUGGUCCAUGCCCAUCCAGUACCAGGACAGCAUCAUGGAGUCCUCGCUGCACGUCCGCUCGCAGGCCGCGAUCUUCGACGUGUCGCACAUGUGCCCGCUCACCCUGAGCGGCAAGGACGCGAUUCCGUUCCUGGAGGGGCUCGUCGUCGGCGACAUUGCGGGCCUGAAAAACGGCACGGGGUCGCUGUCGAUGAUGACGAACGAGAACGGCGGCAUCAUCGACGACACGGUCAUCACGAAGGUGUCCGACUCGGAGAUCUACAUGGUCGUGAACGCGGGCUGCCGCGACAAGGACCUGGCGCACCUGAACAAGCACCUCUCCGCGGCUAAGGACAAGGGCAUGGCGGUCGACAUGCACGUCCACGACGAGAUGGGCCUCCUCGCGCUCCAGGGGCCCAAGGCCGCGGAGGUGCUCCAGCCCCUGGCCGGUUCGUUCGACCUGGACAAACUCUACUUUGGUAUGUUCGCGAAGACGGACCUGGGCGGCGUGCCGUGCUACGUGACGCGCACGGGGUACACGGGCGAGGACGGGUUCGAGAUCACCGUGCCGAACACGGGCAUCGUCGGGUUCACUGAGAGGCUGAUGGCGGACACGCGCGUGCGGAUGGCGGGCCUCGGGGCGCGCGACGCGCUCCGGCUCGAGGCCGGGCUGUGCCUGUACGGGAACGACAUGAACGAGGACAUCACGCCCGUGGAGGCGGGGCUGACGUGGACGGUCGGGAAGCGGCGCCGCGAGGCGUUUGACUUUUUGGGCGGGCAGCGCAUCAAGCAGCAGAUCGCGGACGGAGUGUCGAUGCGGCGGGUGGGGCUGGUGGUGGAGAAGGGCGCGCCGCCGCGGCAGCACGCGGAGCUGCAGGACAAGGACGGGCGGAAGAUCGGCGAGGUGACGUCGGGGGCCUUUUCGCCCAACUUGAAGAAGAACAUCGCCAUGGGGUAUGUGGAGAAGCCGCUGGCCAAGGCGGGGACGGCGAUCGACGUCGUCGUGCGCGGGAAGAAGAACGAGGGCAUCGUGACGAAGAUGCCGUUCGUUCCCGUGCACUACCACAAGCCGUCGUAG